GUUAUUGCAUUUACUUUAAUAGGAAUUUCAUAUGAGCAAGAAGAAAUUGUAAUUCAUUUGGCCGCUAUUUUACUUUCUAUUAUUUCUGCUACUUAUUUUACUACAUCUUUAGUUAAGAAAUGUUUAGUUCCUAAAACACAUUCUGAUGAGAAAC